GGGACUCUGGGAGUUGUAGUUUUCGUCUGCUUUCAGGCUGGUUGGCCACUACGUCAGCGGAAGUGUUUUGCACGCUCGUAACAUAGGUCACAUUGGUUGAGUUUUGUAAUGGUUUGAGAAACACAGCCGCAAUGGAGGCAACACACGCAGACGAAAUUCCUCUUAGGCAUGUGGAGAAGGACGUGCUGAUCCCCAAGAUGAUGAGGGAGAAAGCCAAGGAGCGCUGCGUCGAGAAGGUGGAAGCCUUCAACCACUGCUGUAAGGAAUCUGGCUUCUUGAUGGUGUUUAAAUGUCGUGAGGAGAAUGCCACCCUGAAGGAAUGCCUGACAGCACACUACAAUGACCCUCAGUUUUUUGAAGAGUGUAAGCGCGAAUACAUCAAAGAGAAGAUGGAGUUCGAGAGGACAGGGGUCCCAUCCAAGAACAGGAAACAAAAGCUUCCAACCAGCAUGUAAUAGACACCAUGGUAACCAAACAUAUUAUAAGGUGCACAGCCUCAGGGUUUGCCCAGAGUCAUCAAGUCAAGUCCUGCACACCCAACGUGAUGAUGGUAUGGCCUAAAUUAUUACUCGUAAAGCUUCAAACUUGGGUGGUUUAUUAGUGACUGAAAGUAUAUUGGUGUACAAGAGUGGUAUGUAAUCAGAGCUAUGCCCUUUUAAUGUUUAGUAUAAUUUCAAAAAGGACAGAUGAUCCUCCAUAAGGUGACAGUCACCAGGAAGAUCUUUAUGAGAAUGCAGCAGUUUGGAGGUGUGCAGUUGUAAACUGAGGGACCCUUUAUACCCCUUUCUUGUCGUGGGCUUUCUUCGACAUGUGUGUUCACGUGGGGUAAUUAAGAGGCGAUCCUGUGGCCUUUGCUCAGGAAAUCACCUGUGGAAGAACUGGUGCAUUAGCUUACAAAUAAUAUGAAUAAGAAAUUGAAGUGUCUUGUACGGCAUAUGUUAGACACAUGCAAUAUUUAACCAAGGAAAGAUUUGUUGUGUGCUCAUGUGACCUUGUAAAUAAUAAAUUUUCACUUGCAGUAAA